UCAAGAUGGCGGAUGAACAGAAUGUUGUGGGAAACACUUUUAGAUCCGCAUCUUAUAAUGUGAUUUUACAAGUUAGUUUUAGAAUUUUGACGUUCAUUAUGAAUGGCGUCCUUCUUCGGUACACGACGAGGGACAUGCUGGGCGUAGUGAACGUAAGACUAAUGUUAUUACAACAAACGAUUACCUUCGUGUCGCGUGAAGCUUUUCGAAAAGCCUGUCUGAGCAAGUCCACUGAGAAACGAUGGCCACAGGUUAUAAAUUUACUAUGGUGCGUCUUUCCUAUUGGAGUUGCUUUAUCUUCUAUCCUUGGAUACAUAUGGAUAUACUAUCUUGAGAGACCUGACCCGGCUCUUGUGUCGAACUAUAAUCUUGGAGUUCUAGUUUUUGCCAGCACUGGAGCUGUAGAACUCUUGUGUGAACAACUUUGGGUUAUCUCACAGGUUUUUCAUUUUCUUCGCCUCAAAGUGGUUAUAGAAGGAAUUGCAAACUUCUCGAGAUGUUUCCUAACGCUCUUUCUGGUGAUCACAUUCCCAAACUUGGGAAUCAUUUGUUUUUGCCUUGCCCAAGUUUCAUUCUCUUUGCUAAUCGUAAUUCUUUACUACAUGUAUUUCAUCCAUCAGAUGGGUAAGAUUCAAACAGAAUUGCCUGAGGAAUUUCCUUUGAAGUCUAUAAGGGAUUUCUUUCCUAGCAUUGUAGCAAAAAAACCAUUGAUAAGCUUAGAAAUGGCAAAUCUCACUUGGAGUUUCUUUAAGCAAUCUUUUCUGAAAAUAUUUUUAACUGAAGGGGAAAGGUUUAUCAUGACUAUCUUCAAGGUCCUGACUUUUGCAGAGCAAGGUGUAUAUGAUGUAGUUAACAACCUAGGCUCAUUAGUAGCUAGGUGUGUUUUUAUGCCAAUAGAAGAAAGCUACUAUACCUUCUUUGCAAAUAUAUUAGCUAGAGACAAAAAGGCUAAAGAACAGUCCCCAGAGGCUGCAAAGAUGGCAGCACAAGUUCUUGAAGUGAUGCUCAAGUUUAUGGUGUUGAUAGGCCUGACUAUUGUGGUGUUUGGUUAUGCCUACUCUUUUCUAUUGCUGGAUAUCUAUGGUGGUACCACUCUUAGUGGUGGUGAAGGUCCCAGUUUACUACGUUGGUAUUGUUUGUAUGUCUUGAUCAUUGCCAUCAAUGGUAUAACGGAGUGCUUUAUGUUUGCUGCAAUGAACAAGGAUGAAGUGGAUUCCUAUAACUACAAGAUGAUGAUGUUUUCAUGCUUCUUCCUGCUAGCUUCUUGGUACCUCACAGUUUUUGGAAGUUCUGGUUUUAUAAUUGCAAACUGCCUUAACAUGAUACUCAGAAUCUUUCACAGCUUGUCAUUUAUCCUCAAGUAUUUCAAAUCAACUCCAGAUCUUCAGCCACUCAGAGGGAUCUUCCCUUCCUACUUAGUUUUAUUGACGUAUGCAUUGUCAGGCAUCAUUACUGCAUUAUCUGAAAGGGUACUGUGCUGUAAUCAUGGCUGGUUCUAUCGUAUACUUCACAUUGGCAUAGGAGCUGUUUGUCUCCUCUUGGUGGCUGUUGCAGUGCUAAUCAAGGAAAAGUCUCUGCUUGAAUUCGCUUAUGAACAAUUUAUUGGAGCCAAGAAAAAGAAGAAAGACUAAAUUCAAGUCUAUAAUGCAAGGAUAUGAGAAAAAAUUAUGAGGUAUUGACACCUUCCCUGAUAAUUGGCUGCAAGUUAACCAACGUGGUGACAGAGUAUGACAUCACAUGCACCGCAAGAUUUUGGUGACUUAAUUUUGCCAGGCAUCUUGAAACAUUUUUAAACUAGUCAUAAAUCAAUGCAUCCUUAGUACAAGAAUCAAAACAUAAACAAAUCACCUCAAAACAUCUCCGAUAAAAACAGCACUUUCAUACUUCCACAUCUGUUAUAUUAAUUGUUCUAAGACCUGAGUAUUCGUCUAAAUUUCCUUUGCAUUUCUUUAAUCUAUUAUUUGAUGGAUCUUUUCUUCCUAAAAAAAUAUCGUUUUUCUCAGGUUUUGUGCUCGUGUGUAGUCGAGACAGUCACGAUCACCAAAAACAAACGACUCACCACCGCGCAUGCUUAGACCUACCGCUGUAGAGCUAAAACUGCUGUCGCAGAUAAUGAGAAAAUCACAUUCGGAGAGAAUAAAAUGUUCAACCAGCA